AUGGAUCUGUCUCUCGGGCCACUAGUUCCCAUAUUCAUCUCUUUUCUCGUCAUCUCUUCCGUUUUCGCUGCACUGUUCAUGAAAACAAAGAAACCAAACCAUAGAAAUGCUCCUGAACCGGCCGGUUCAUGGCCCGUAAUCGGCCACCUUCAUCUUCUGGGCGGUAAAGAACAGCUUCUCUACCGAACGUUAGGCGCCAUGGCUGACGAUCACGGGCCAGCCUCCCCCCGGCGCGUGGGAAGCCGUAGAGCGUUUGUGGUUAGUAGCUGGGAGGUGGCUAAGGAGUGUUUCACUGUGAAUGACAAAGCCUUGGCUUCACGUCCAAUGACCGUGGCGUCUAAACACAUGGGUUACAACUAUGCGGUUUUCGGGUUUGCUCCGUACAGCUCUUUCUGGCGCAAGAUGCGAAAGAUUGCCACUGUUGAGCUUCUUUCUAACCGAAGGCUCCAGAUGCUAAAGCAUGUCCGGAUUUCUGAAAUCUCGACGGGCAUUAAAGAUCUGCAUGGCUUGUGGUCCAAGAAAGGUGGUUCGAGCCCUGUCCUUGUUGAUCUCAAGCGGUGGUUGGAGGACAUGAACCUGAACAUGAUCGUGAAAAUGGUUGCCGGAAAACGCUACUUCGGAAGCUCGGCAAAAAUGGAGGAUGCAGAAGAGGCGAGGCAAUGCCAGAGAGCCAUCGCCCGGUUCUUUCAUCUGAUUGGCAUUUUCGUUGUCUCGGAUGCUCUGCCAUUUCUGGGAUGGUUUGACCUUCAGGGUCACGAGAAGGAGAUGAGAAAGACGGCAUCCGAGCUCGAUGGGAUCCUGGAAAGAUGGAUCGAUGAACAUCAGAGAAGGAGAGUUUCCGGACAAAGUGAGGGUGAUUCUGAUUUCAUUGAUGUAAUGUUAUCGCUUGAGGGAGAAGGGAAGUUGUCAGAUCUUCAGUAUGAUCCAAGGACCAGCAUCAAAUCUACGUGCCUGGCGCUAAUUCUUGGAGGAAGUGAUACUACAGCAGGAACACUAACAUGGGCCAUUGCUCUGCUCCUAAACAACAGAGAAAUGCUAAAGAAGGCGCAAGAAGAGAUAGACAUCCAUGUCGGCAAAAACAGACAAGUAGAGGAUUCAGACAUAGAAAACCUAGUUUAUCUUCAAGCAAUCAUCAAGGAAACCCUAAGAUUGUACCCGGCAGGUCCUCUCUUAGGCCCACGAGAGGCGAUGGAAGAUUGCACGGUUGCAGGAUAUCAAGUUGCAGCGGGUACAAGACUGAUCGUUAACGUUUGGAAGAUCCAAAGGGAUCCAAAAGUUUGGCGAAACCCGGAAGAGUUCAGACCAGAGAGGUUUCUCACAGGAAAAGAAACAGAAUAUGACGUGAGGGGACAAAACUUCGAGUUAAUGCCGUUUGGGUCAGGAAGAAGAUCGUGCCCAGGUGCUUCAUUGGCUCUCCAAGUGCUUCAUCUGUCACUUGCUCGGGUUCUUCACUCGUUCGAUCUGUUAACUGUUUCGGAUUCUGAGGUCGAUAUGAGGGAGAGUCCUGGUUUAACGAUUCCUAAAGCCACACCUCUUGAAGUUCUUCUCACUCCACGCCUCGAGCAGGAGCUUUAUGAGCUUUGAGGAUUCUUGAAUACGAAAAAUCACCGGAUUUGAAUAAGAUUGCGUGAUAACAUACAGAAAAGUUGUAAGAAAUCCACUGUCUUGGGUAUGCUUUGUUUUGUUUUCCUUGUGAAUAAGAGAA